CGGCGCUCUGAUUCCAUCAGUGCCUGACAGACUGCCUCUGACUGGCCGACUGUGUCUCAGUGACCACACACUGCCAUCACUGCCUGAUAAUCCGUGUCUGUCUGGCUGUGUCGGACUGAACACAGAUUUCAUGGAUGCCUGGUGGACCAAGACCGCGUGAUCUGUCUGCCUGACCGCAGUUGACUGACUGACUGACUGCCCUAUCUGGCUGAUGGCAUCUGGGCCUGAUGGGGCGUGUCUGACUGAGUCGAUCUGCUUCUGAUUGACCGGACUCCAUCGGUGCUCGACAAGCUGUAUCUGACUGACAGAGGCCCUCUGUGACGGAAUGACCAGUUCACGGAUACCUCUGUGCCAACGUUUUGACCCCAACUCUGCUGUGUGGGCUAAGAAGACAGCCUGAGCAGCUGAUUCUGACUACGGCCGGGCCUGCGCGUCUGCCCGAGUCCCCUGACUGGCUGGCUGACAAGCUGGCUGGCUACCCUGACUGCACAGCCUCUGUGCCUGGUGGGGCCCGCCUGACUGGCCAUCUGACAGGUGGGAUCAGCCCACCUGAUGGGUGGACCGACCGCAUCUGCCAGACUGCGGUGGCUGAGGCUGUGGCUGGCUGGUUCUGGCUGCCCCGUCCGAGUCUAACUGGAUCUCAAGCACCGGGUUCUGAAGGACGGAGUCCGCCUGACUGUCCCUUCCUGACCACCUCUGCCUGACGCAGCUCGAUGGACAGCGUCCGUGUCUGGCUACACCUGCCUGACGGUCGCCUCCUCUACAUUCGAUAAUGUCAGUUGAGUCAGAUUGCUGCCUGAAGCACAGCUGACCAACUGAAUCUGACUUGGCCCCUGAAAUUCUCUCCCUGAUGACCUCCUUCUCUCCAGCUGCCCAACAAAUGGCUUCUGAAGUGUUACUUGUCCAGGGGCCUGGGGCCUAGACAUUUUCAGCUAGAAGUCUGGCCUUGGGGGGGUCCAUAACAAGGCCGCCAACAGGAAAGGGAACCCAGGAUGGAGGCGCGUGGGAGAGGGAGGCAGCAGGAGCAGGAUUCAAGGCCAGGUGCCUGACUGCCGUCCUUACCCCCAGGGAGCUGGUGUGGUCGCAGCAGGGGCGUGCUGGUCACCAUGACAACAGAGACAGGCCCAGAUUCUGAGGUGAAGAAGGCCCAGGAGGAGGCCCCACAGCAGCCUGAGGCAGCCGCCGCAGCUACUACCCCUGUGACCCCCGCAGGCCACGGCCAUCCCGAGGCCAACUCCAAUGAGAAGUAUCCGCCCCAUCAGGACGCUCGGCCUGCAGAACAGAGCCUAGACAUGGAGGAGAAGGACUUCGGGGAGGCCGAUGGCCUGUCAGAGAGGACCACGCCCAGCAAGGCCCAGAAAUCGCCCCAGAAGAUCGCCAAGAAAUACAAGAGUGCCGUCUGCCGAGUCACUCUGCUCGAUGCCUCUGAGUAUGAGUGUGAGGUGGAGAAACACGGCCGGGGCCAGGUGCUGUUUGACCUGGUCUGUGAGCACCUCAACCUCCUGGAGAAGGACUACUUCGGCCUGACCUUCUGUGAUGCCGACAGCCAGAAGAACUGGCUGGACCCCUCCAAGGAAAUCAAGAAGCAGAUCCGGAGCAGCCCCUGGAAUUUUGCCUUCACAGUCAAGUUCUACCCCCCUGACCCUGCCCAGCUGACAGAAGACAUCACAAGAUACUACCUGUGCCUGCAGCUGCGGGCGGACAUCAUCACGGGCCGCCUGCCCUGCUCCUUCGUCACGCAUGCCCUGCUGGGCUCCUAUGCCGUGCAGGCUGAGCUGGGCGACUAUGAUGCCGAGGAGCAUGUGGGCAACUAUGUCAGCGAGCUCCGCUUCGCCCCUAACCAGACCCGGGAGCUGGAAGAAAGGAUCAUGGAGUUGCACAAGACGUACAGGGGCAUGACCCCAGGAGAAGCAGAAAUCCACUUCCUAGAGAACGCCAAGAAGCUUUCUAUGUACGGAGUAGACCUGCACCAUGCCAAGGACUCUGAGGGCAUCGACAUCAUGUUAGGAGUCUGUGCCAAUGGCCUGCUCAUCUACCGGGACCGGCUGAGGAUCAACCGCUUUGCCUGGCCCAAGAUUCUCAAGAUCUCCUAUAAGAGGAGUAACUUCUACAUCAAGAUCCGGCCUGGGGAGUAUGAGCAGUUUGAGAGCACGAUUGGCUUUAAGCUCCCAAAUCACCGGUCGGCCAAGAGACUGUGGAAGGUCUGCAUUGAGCACCAUACGUUCUUCCGGCUGGUGUCCCCUGAGCCCCCACCCAAGGGCUUCCUGGUGAUGGGCUCCAAAUUUCGGUAUAGUGGGAGGACCCAGGCACAGACCCGCCAGGCCAGCGCCCUCAUCGACCGGCCCGCGCCCUUCUUUGAGCGUUCCUCCAGCAAACGGUACACCAUGUCCCGCAGCCUUGACGGAGCAGAGUUCUCUCGCCCAGCCUCUGUCAGCGAGAACCAUGACGCAGGACCCGACAGUGACAAGCGGGAGGAGGAUGGCGAGUCUGGGGGGCGGCGGUCAGAGGCUGAGGAGGGAGAGGUCAGGACCCCCACCAAGAUCAAGGAGUUAAAGCCGGAGCAGGAAACCACGCCGAGACACAAGCAGGAGUUCUUAGACAAGCCAGAGGAUGUCUUGCUGAAGCACCAGGCCAGCAUCAACGAGCUCAAGAGGACCUUGAAGGAACCCAACAGCAAACUGAUCCACCGGGAUCGAGACUGGGAGCGGGAACGCAGGCUGCCCUCCUCUCCCGCCUCCCCCUCCCCCAAGGGCACCCCUGAGAAGGUCAACGAGGGUUCAGAGCAUUGGGUAUUUAUAGAAAGAGAGUACAUUAGGCCAGAAGAACUCAGUCUCCUAAACGUGACCACCACACAGCGGGAAGAAAGGGAGGCAGGCAUCGCAGACACGCUUGCUGACGGCAGACUCUCCAAGGUAGACGUCCUGGUGGACAAGUUCACCUUCGAAAUGGCCACAGAAGAAAAGGUGGGAGCCAAAGGAGCAAACACCCAGCGACAAGGAAGAAUGAUCACGAGCCCUGAAGGCUUUGAGUCAGUGUGGGAGGAACGCCCCUGGGUCAGGGAAGGCCCAGGAGGGGCUCCUCUGGCUGCAGGCUGCACGCUGGCAGGAACGCUCCCAGAGGGCUCCUGGUUCAGGGUGGACCCUGGGGAGGCAACCAUCAGGAAGCAGUGGGCCUCCAGGGGUCAGCUGGAGGGCCCGGCGGAGCUAAGGCGGAAGUGGGAGGAGUUCCAGGCUUGCGGAAGACCCGCCGCCCCGGCCACUGGCCCUGCAGAGGUUGAUGUCCCCUCUCCAGCCUCCGACACGGGAGGACUCCGGUCGUUUCUGCUGGACCCAGCCUACACAGAAGCCAGAGCCGACUCGAGCGAUGAAACCGACACUUCCUUUGCAGAGAGAAGCUUCUAUUUAAACUAUGGCGAGAAAGAGUCUGAAGACCAAGUCCUCCGUCCGGCCCUGGAGGAGAGAGAGCACGUAGAUGCCCCACCUGGCUGCGAGACCAGGCGGAAGCUCUCGGAGGACCUCACGGAGAGCUCGGAGCUGGACUCCUCAGGCCCAUGGGGCUCUGCCGCCGCUGUCGGCAGAAACAAGCACCACGAGGGUGAAGCCCACUCAGCUUCCUCAGAGGGAGGGGCGGGGCUCCCCAGGAACCAAGGACCAGAUGACCUGGCGGUCUUUGUCAAGCAGCUUGGAAAGGGACCUUCUCCAGGGCUGAUGUUUGCUGAGGACUGGGACGAAGCCCGGUGGGAGGUGGAAGGAGAGUCUACCCACCCAGCAUCCUCAGUAACUGCAGAGGAAGAGACCCCCCAGAGUGGAGAUUUGAUGGGAAAGGCUGAGAAAAGUCCCCCAGGAGAAUGGAACCACUCACCUCACAGAGGAGGGGGCGUGCGUCCAGACCGCCAGGCCUGUGUCCUUCCGUGGACCGUCCCUCCUAGCGGUGUCAGGAAGCCAGCCAAGCCGGACAGAGGCAACUUCCUGCCCAGAGAGAGGGGACCAUUUCACACCCAAACAGGAGAACCUGUGAAAGAGGACAGCAAGGCCCCAGCGUUUCUUCAGAUGGAGGUGAUCACCCCCCUCCCAACCUCGCCCCAUCCCUUUGCGGCUCAGACAUCUCCAGAAGAAGCUUCUUCAAGCCCAGCCCCUUAUGGGUCGGGGGAGCCUGUGCAGCUCAGGGACCGCUUUGGAGAACAGUCCUCCAUAUUUCUCAAACAUGCCCAUCCUCCUAAAGAGAGCCCGGAGCCCAAGGACCGAGUAGGGCUGACUGUGACCCCAGACGGAGGUGAGCGCAGGGCCCCUCCCAUCGCCAGCAGGAAGCCCAGACUUGUCCCUGAAGAAGCCCAGGGGUUGCUGUUCCCUUCAGGGAAGCAAAAGGAGAUGACCUCUUUCCAGGCUGGGGGUCAAGAGGGCUCCCUGGAAGAUAUUAGCAAGACCUCUGUGGCCAACAAGAUUCGUAUCUUUGAGACCCACGGAGCUGAAACUCGCUGGGCGAGUCAGGGUGAAACCAGGGCCUUUGCAAACGAGUUGUCUUUGGAGGCCUCUGUGGGGCAGGUCGAGCAACAGCGGAGUAGGCGUUUAGACCUGGGAUUUGCUCAGUUUCAGCCCCCAGGGGACUUUGCUGCCCCCAAAGCCACACAUUCCUCCAUGAUGCCGCCAGCUACCAGACACUUCUGGGAGGGCAUUUCUACCCCAUCCCCCCGGGAAGGAUGCAUGGACGUCGAGCUCGUGUCCCCCAGUCCAGGCUGCGAAACUACACUGGAGGAAGCUACUGGGGGAACUGGCCACAACAAAUCCGGAGACGCGGUCAGGCAAGAGAAGCACGUUACCAGCUUAGCAGCGAAUCCCCCAGGAAAGGGGGGGCACCUGAGAUUCACCAGCCCCUCAGGCCCUCAGAGAGCAGGGCUGAGGGAGGGCUCCGAGGAGAAAGUCAAACCGCCACGGCCCAGGGCCCCAGAGAGUGACACGGGAGACGAGGACCAGGACCAGGAGAGGGAUGCGGUGUUCCUGAAGGACAACCACCUGGCCAUUGAGCGUAAGUGCUCCAGCAUCACGGUCAGCUCCACGUCCAGCCUGGAGGCCGAGGUCGACUUCACGGUCAUCGGCGACUACCACGGCAGCGCCUUUGAAGACUUCUCCCGCAGCCUGCCUGAGCUUGACCGAGACAAAAGUGACUCAGAAACCGAGGGCCUGGUGUUCUCCCGGGAUCUCAACAAACGGGGCCCGAGCCAGGAUGAUGAGUCUGGGGGCAUCGAGGACAGCCCGGACCGAGGGGCCUGCUCCACCCCGGAUAUGCCCCAGUUCGAGCCUGUGAAAACGGAAACCAUGACAGUCAGCAGCCUGGCUAUCAGGAAGAAGAUCGAGCCGGAGGCUGUACUGCAGACCAGAGUUGCCACUGUGGACACCACCCAGCAGGUUGACGGGACUGCCCCAGGGGGGAAGGAGUUCUUAACAACUACUCCCUCCAUCACCACGGAGACCAUAUCAACCACCAUGGAGAACAGUCUCAAGUCCGGGAAGGGGGCAGCUGCCACGAUCCCAGGCCCACAGACGGUGGCCACGGAAAUCCGUUCUCUUUCUCCGAUCAUCGGGAAAGAUGUCCUCACCAGCACCUACGGCGCCACCGCGGAAACCCUCUCCACUUCCACCACCACCCAUGUUACCAAAACUGUGAAAGGAGGAUUUUCGGAGACGAGGAUCGAGAAGCGGAUCAUCAUCACCGGGGACGAAGAUGUCGACCAAGACCAGGCCCUGGCUUUAGCCAUCAAGGAGGCCAAACUGCAGCAUCCUGACAUGCUGGUAACCAAAGCUGUCGUAUACAGAGAAACAGACCCAUCCCCAGAGGAGAGGGACAAGAAGCCACAGGAAUCCUGACCUCUGUGAAGAGAUGCUGGCGUUUCUGGUCCAACCCAAGCCAGAGAACCGUAAAGAAGGGGCCUUCAUUCUGGAUUCUCCAACUCAACACCGACGUCCCAGCUGCGACGUACUGUCCCUGAUGAGAGACUGGGAAAGGAAAAGCAUAUAUAUAUAGAUAUAUAUAGAUAUAGAUAUAUAUACAGGAAACAUCACGUCCUUGCACUGCUGCCGGGGCUGGCCGAGCAUUCGGCCGACAGCAACGGCCAACAUCUGAACGCCUACAUUUCCUUUGCAGACAAAUUGAAGAAUUGGUGGGAUUGUUCAGGAAAAAAAAAUUAUAACAACAAUAAUCCCUUGCUCCGCCCCGCCGCGCCUGUCCCAACCCCCCUUGAAGCCCCGCGGAACAACCAAGGCAAGCCAGACCGCGCUGAUUGUAGAAGUGCAAUGAGACCCGGGUUCUACAUGUUCCGUUCAGUGGACGAGCAUUCCAUUUCUUCUUCUCCUGCGUCUGUUGCCCACUCAAAUAAAAAGGAAAACACUUUCGCAGCCAAGCAAGAGAAGCUGCAGCAGCAAGACACGCCCUGUCAAACGUUUUCCAAGAAAGAGAGAAAAGUCCCUGCUCGGAAAGGAGGAGGAGGAACACUAGAUUCUUAUUUUUUGGGUCUUGACACUGGGCUGCAAAAUCCACCUUCCUUUCUCCCGCCUCCCCUCCCCGUCGACUGUCACACAUCUUGUCAGUCAUUUUCUGUCUGGGUUCCCUCCUCCCUCUCCCCCACCCCACCCCCGCCUCACCUUCUGUGUCCUGGUCCUGCUGAGGGCCACCGCAGAUGACUCUCACUGGAAGUGAGAAAAAGCAAAGCAAAGCAAGAAUGUGAAACCAAGCCACAGGAGGUGAAGUAGACCUUGUAUGUUAUGGGUUCUCAUUAUGAAGGUGCAGCUCGUAGAUUUGUAUGGAUGUGCUUUUAAGUUAUGUAUAUUACAAAUAACAGGAAGCAAAUAUUAAAAUAAACAGUGCUGGUAAGUAUGAAGCUGACAUUUUAAAAUUAUAAUUAUCUGACUGUGAUUGAUGUAUCCCAAGGUUCCUAGAUCUCACCGAACCGACCCUGCCAAGGAGACCUGGACUCUGGCUGUGGGUCGCUCACAGUAGGAGCCGACGGUUCAGUGUAGAAAUACAGUGUGUGGUGUUUGUAAUUGACUGAUUGGUGGGGAGGGGCGGGGUCCCCAGGUGGAGAGGCAGGGAUUUUGGCAAGAAGGAAGCAACACGGGUGUGGUUCAAGAUGCCUUCUCCCCCUGGGCAGUAACAACCGGGGGCUGGUCUGUGCUCAGGCGUGGUCCAGAGUUAGGAUUCUGCUGCACAGGUCUCCCGGCUCAGCGCCCCCGCCUCCCUAGGAGGCUUGCCUCCUUUCUCAAUCUCUCUUUGUUUUGCCACGUCUUGCCUUUUCCUGACCGCAUUGUGACAGCUAACUCCCAUCCCGAAGGAGGUGACGUACCCAGCUGCCGCAGAAGAUGGUGGCUUCCACCUGGCUGUCUGAACAUCCCCAGCCCAGUCUUUUCCUUUACCACUCCUGUAUUCUGUCUGAAUCAUUCUCUGCUUCCUGGGCCAAAGCAGCCAUGGUAGAGACUGAACACAGGGCAGGCCCUGAUAGGUCAAAACCGCACUCCCAAAGGCUUCGCCUGCCCCAGAGUAAGCUGAGGAGGAUCUACAUAUAAGACCCUGGCCUUAGAGACCUCGCCUUCAGUCGGCGUCUGCGCUCUGAGCCUGUGCCCUUGGAGUCCCCAGAAUGGCCUUGAGACCACAGAAGCCCUUGGAGAAGACCCCCAUCAAAAGCUUGGCAUUGCCCUCUGGCACACGUGGGCCUUCCCAGGCUUUCCUGACACAAGCUGCUUCCCUGAGCUUAAUGAGGCCCCUUCUGAGGGAGCUUUUCCCCACUGCCCUUUAAUUUCUCAGUCCCAUUUCAUUUCCCCCAUCCUGCUUCUAAAGCAGGCGAUAAAUUCACUCAACAAGUAUUUAUUGAGUACUUACUCGUGCCAGGCACUAUCAUUAGGCUCAAGGAGAAAGCGUGGCGGGGAGCAGAGGGACCUGGGAAGACCCCUGAGCCAGCCUUACGUCUCUAACCCCUCUGAGAGCAUUUCCGAAUUCUCUCCAAUUAUCAGACAUUGCCUAGGGAUGUCCCAGAGCGGGGCUUGGCUUGCUUAUUAGUUACCCCGGUGACACAUAUGCUUAGCUGCUUAACUGGUGCUGACCUGAGGCAGGACAAGAAACCAGAACAGUGUUUGCCUCUAUGGGCAAAAAUGGGAUGGAGAGAGGGCAGAGAGAGCCCUGCACCUGGGGCUCAGGUGGCACAGUCAGCCACAUCCCCUCUGGGGCAGGCUGUUGGCCCACUCCAACUCCCCCUGAGAGCAAAGGCACACUUUGAAUGCACCAGGUUCUUUUUUACAGUCCUGGGAGAGAAGCCACAGAACCUCGUUCCUGUCCUCCUCAGCCUGAGAGCCCCCAGUGUUUCUGGGCCAAGAGCUGGAGUGGCUCCGCCCUCUCCAGGCCACCUGGAAUCGGGCUCAGGCAUCCCUGUCUUUGCAGGAACCAGGUGUCCCGAGCGCACUGGACAUACCUCAGAGAGAGAAUAUUUGUUCUGGGUUCUGUACCUGCCUACAGACCCUAAGUGUGUGGCUUUAGGGCAGGGAAGAUGUGACCCGGCUUAGCUUGUGGGCCAGCCAGGGUUUGUGGAGCUCUCCAUCCCACAGAUGUUCUGACCUUCCUCUGAGAGGCAGGCAGUGCCAGCAGGGAGGAGGGGAGCUGCAAAGCUGAAAUCUAGGGCACUGUUUCCUCCCCAUCCUCCUCUUCAUAGGGAAUAUAGACGUUUGUCUUGUCUGUCUUCAACCUACUUUUCCUUUUUACAUUUCUCAUCCUUUCUGUGCCACCUCUGCACCCAGGAGACCAUGUAGCAUGGUGGAAAAAGUCCUGGAGGGCAGUCAGGAGUUCUGGGUGGCCAUCCUGGCUCAACCCCUAACUCACCACGUGCCACUGAGCUAGUCCCAUUCCCGUUUCGGGGCCUCAGUUUCCUCAUGUGCAAAACGCAGAGGAUAAAGCAGAGGCUCUCCAUGCCCUUUUGCCACUCUGCCAGCCUACAGAUCUUUGUUUUCCCUUCUUUUGCUUUCUUGGGAUCUUUUCCAUCUGAGGGUAUAGGAAGUGCCAAGGCCUGUUUCAGUUUUUGAAUCCUGCAAGCACAUUCCAAGACUGGCCUGAAAUUGCAUGAACAACAUCACUCUAAAUAUAUACUUUUUUUUUUUUUUUCCAAAAGCACCUUCCCAACCAACUGCGAUGCUGUCCUGGUCCUUCUUACUCGCACCCUUCUCUCCUCUCUUGUCCCCGCGCUCCCCCACCUCAGUGCUCCGUGCUGUAUGCGUGUGCUCCCUGUUCUUGUAUACUCAAUAAAAGUGAAAUAAAUGUGUUUGA